AUCACCGUGUUGAUAUUGUGCCAGAUGGGCUUUAUAUAGAGGAGACAGAGGCGCACACGGGCAUCCUGGGCUCACGACUGGAGAUCGUCCUGACAACAUACAGCGAGCCAGUCCUCAAAGCAUCGAGCCAGUCCUCUGACCAGUGAGCCAGUCUUCUAAGCAUCGAGCCGGUCCUCUAAGCAUCGAGCCAGUCCUCUAAGCAUCAUGGCUUCCUCUUUCACCCUGGGUGUGUUCCUCCUCUCUGCCCUGGCCACCGUCCACUGCGGCACGGUCAAAGUCUGGGGCCUGAGAGGAUCGGGGCUCAAUGGAGACGCUGCCGGCAACCAGCCUGACUGCUACGUGAGGGUGUGGUGUGCAGGCCGGGAUGGUGGCCAGACCUACAUCAUCGACAACAACCGUAACCCCUCCUGGAGCAGCGUGUUCACCUUCACUGAUGUGGCAGAGUCAGCUGCUAGUCUGAAAUUGGAGUUGUGGGAUAAAGACCUCAAGUACAACGACCACUUAGGCACCUGCUCCCAUUCCAUCAGCCAUGGAAGCCACUGGGGGCAGUGUUCCAUGAAGAAGGGAAGCUUGUCCUACUCUUACAGCUUCGAGUAGCAGCUGACAGGCCAUAGGAAGGUCUUCUCAUCCUGUGUGUUUAUUGGUAUCAGGUUUUCAUGUUAAGAGCCCCUGUUUAGUCCUGGCUGACUCCCAGCAUCACCUGUUUACUGUGCCACCCUGGGCCCUACAUUACCAAUAAAGAUCUUCUGCUGCUACAGAA